AUACAAUGUUUCGACUAGGGUUUAGCUUUAGCGCUCUCCCUCAGGCACUGACAUAUUUAUACACCUCCCUUCAGCCAGCUGCUCUCUGGCUAGGGUUUCUUCGUCUUUCGGAAAGAAAGGAAUAAAGAAAGAAAUCCUGAGAGCCCUUGUUGAAAUCUUGGAACAUGAGUAAGCUUGCGGGGGAUACCAUCAGAGAAGCUGUGACAACCAUAAAGAAUGGUGUGAAUGAGAAGCCACGCAAGUUCACCCAGACCAUUGAGCUUCAGAUUGGCUUGAAAAAUUAUGACCCACAAAAGGAUAAGCGGUUUAGUGGCUCUGUUAAGUUGCCUCACAUUCCUCGUCCCAAAAUGAAGGUUUGCAUGCUUGGAGAUGCUCAGCAUGUGGAGGAGGCAGUGUCAAUAGGCUUGCAAUGGAUGGAUGUUGAAGCACUGAAGAAGCUGAACAAAAACAAGAAAUUGGUCAAGAAGCUUUCAAAGCAGUACCAUGCCUUUUUGGCCUCAGAGUCUGUCAUCAAGCAGAUUCCCCGUCUCUUGGGCCCUGGCCUCAACAAGGCAGGAAAGUUCCCAACCCUUGUGACUCACCAAGAGUCGCUAGAGUCAAAGGUGAAUGAAAUCAAGGCAACUGUGAAGUUUCAGUUGAAGAAAGUGUUGUGCAUGGGUGUUGCUGUUGGUAACUGUGAUAUGGAGGACAAGCAGAUCUUCCAGAAUGUGCAGAUGAGCGUCAAUUUCCUUGUCUCACUUUUGAAGAAGAAUUGGCAAAAUGUCAAGUCCCUGCACCUUAAGAGUACCAUGGGAACUCCUGUCCGCCUUUACUAAGGAGUUCUAAGCAACCAUAGUUUUGUAAGAAGAGAAGAGUCUACCAUGAGCAGAACUGAGAAAUGUUAUCUUUGAACAUUAGGAUUUUAUGUUUCUGGAUUUUUUUUUGAAUGCUUCUUAUUUUUAUGAUUACCAGAAUUGUAUGAAGUUUUUGCUGAAUAGAUGUGAACUUUGUUUUCUUUUGAAUGAUUCAUGGUUUGCCUGACA